AUGAUUCCACCGACCCAAAAGCCACACCAAACCAUUGGUUUUUCUGCAUCAAAUGGCAGCUCUUGAAUCACUUCAGGUUACUCUUCGUCCUAAAUUCGUCCUAUUGCUUGUUUGCAGACCCAUUGAGUCAAAAAUGGACCUCAUCGCUGAACAAAAUUUGGCUAGAAAACGUCGGAUUUUCUUAGAGCUUAUUGAAAGCGCAUAGAGCGAAGGUCCAAGAAAGAGAGUGUACAUAUAGUAGCGAUCGUGAAGCAAGAAGUAGUCGUCACCGUCAGUUUUGUAAGCCGAAAUAUAUCAAAAAAUGGACACCUUGGUCAAGUAUUUUGCUCCUUACAUAUCAUUGCUUUAGCUAAAAAUUAGUCUAUGUUCUUGUUGUAUGCGCAGAAAACAUAUCUGAAGUAAUUUCAAAGAAUGAUGCGAAUUGACAGUCCUUGGCCGAAUAAUAAAUCUCGAAUUAAUCUAUCUUACAUUUGGGUUCGUCAGAUCAGUAGUCCAAGCUGAUAACUAAGGUGCGACAGACCAGUUUUUUAUGAAACCACUCUUUAGGUAUAUUUUGAAAACACUAAGGUGAUCCGCUCCGACAGCCUUCAUAUAUUUUUCUCGCUACUGUUACUUAAUAGUAAACAAUGCGCAAAAGCAUUAGAAGGCAAGCAAGUUAUGGGUAAGCGGCAGAUUGCAUCAUUGAAACAUUCACGUGAGACACAACAAUACCCACCCAAGUACAUACAGACACAAUUUUGGAAAAGCGCUAAGUUGCAAGAGAUAAGCUAAAUAAAAAGGGAGCGUUAGUGCAAGAGAGCGUUAUUACAACAAGCGUUUCCCGCCAAAUUUGCAAAUGUUGCGAAUAACUGUAAAGCAGAAAUUCAUUCAUUUCACAAACACCACUUUGCAAUGGUUUAUUAUGUGUGUAAGUUGCCACAAAUUGUUGCACAUAGCCGCAUAGAGUCGCUGAAGCAGAGCGUCUAUGGAGCACUCACUGGAAAACUUGUUUUCUUAGGAUGUUGAUGUUGUUUUCGAAUAUCACCGCUAUCAGCUAUUUACCUUCGCACAACGCUUUUCACUUUCAUUCGGCUCGGUGGAGUGUUUGCAUGACAGCAACGCGGAAAAUCCAAAUUUUAUUAAAAUUACAAAACAAAGCAACAACAGCAAAGUAGUUUAUGCAAUAAAUACCCAAAUAUAUGUAUAACAGUUUGUAGACGCAUUCCUGAAGAAGUAUGGCCGAACCCGAGGAUUUCUACAAGGAUGCAGAGAUUUUUGUAACGGGCGCCACUGGCUUCGUGGGCAAAACGCUGUUGGAGAAGUUGCUUUGGAGUUUUCCACAAAUCGCUCACAUCUACAUGUUAAUACGCGAGAAGAGCGGCCAGACGGUGGCGCAACGUUAUCAGGAUUUUGUGCAGCAUACAAUUUUUGAACGCCUGCGCACGCAUUAUCCGGAGCGGCUGGAAAAACUGGUCUACCUGAAGGGUAACAUUGAGUGUGACGAUUUCGGUUUAAGUCCCACGGACCGCCAUCGCUUGUGCACGCAUGUGCAGAUCAUUUUCCACAGCGCCGCCACAGUGCGCUUCAACGAGCGCUUGAAAGUCGCCGCACGCGUGAACGCCAUCGGCACUUGGCAUCUGCUGGAGUUAUGCAAGGAAAUGCCAGAGCUUAAGAGCUUCGUCUACGUCUCGACGGCGUAUUGCAAUCCGGGACGUAAGUUCGUCGAUGAAUUGAUAUAUCCCACUUUGCCGCCCGUCAACUGGAAAAUGUUCGUUGAUUGUACUAACAAAAUCCCAGAUGCUUAUUUCAAUAGCUUAGCCAAUUAUAUUAAGGGUCCUCAUCCGAACACUUACACCUUCACCAAAUCGAUCGCCGAGCAAAUUGUGAAUGAUUACAAACAGUGUAUACCAAUUGUAAUCGUACGACCAUCGAUCGUGACGGCAGCGCAUCGUGAACCAUAUCCCGGUUGGAUCGACAACAUACAAGGCAUCACGGGCAUUAUGAUGGAAAUCGGUAAGGGUACAAUCAGCAGCAUAUUAGGCGAUAAGGACAUCAUUUGCGAUAUAAUACCUGUGGACUUUGUCGUCAACACAUUAAUAUUGAUGGCACAAAAGGCGACGUUGGGCAGAGUUUACAUUGCCAACGCCACUUCGGGUGUUACGAAUCCCAUUACAUGGGCGCGCCUAGGCUGUCUGACGCUAAAGUGGUCGCGUAUUUAUCCGACCAAGCGUAUUUUGAUGUAUCCAUACUUCAAGUACCGGAAAAGCUUCAUGUUACACGAAAUCGCCGUUAUUUUACUACACUAUGUGCCCGCCUUAUUGAUGGAUUUGCUGACCUUAUUGCGGCAGAAGCGAAAAUUUGUUUUGCCGAUUGCAAAAAAAUUUAGACAAGCUUGUUUGGCUGGUCGCACAUUUUCGCUGAAUGAGUGGAUUUUCAAAAACCAAAGUCGUUACUACUUCCAAGAAUUGCUGCAGGGUACACCAGCACCGCAUUUAACAUGGAACUUGGAAACCCUAGACUAUGAUAACUAUAUCAGAGAGUUUGUAAUUGGCAUACAGAAGUAUCUGCAUCGUGAACGCUUUCAGACGAACGCCAGCAAAUGGAAGGUCACACGUUUAUACUGGACCUGGGCGUUUAUGCACAUAUUUUUGACUCUAUUAGUGGUUUACUGUUUAUUUUAGCAUGAGCUGCUAAGUAAUAGAAAAUCUUUCUUGUUUUGACAUAUCCAAUAUAUUGUAAAUCAAAAUUAUAAAGAUACAUAAACAUAUGUAUAUAUAUUAUGUACAUAAUUAUGUAUAUAAUGA